GGGAUGUGCAAAGACCACCCCCAUUCGUGGUUCCGCAGUUUCGACGCGGCAAAUAGCCAAUGGCAGAGGAAUGCUCGGUUGUCGUUGGGGUACGAAUUCGUCCCUUUAACGACAGAGAAAAAACGCUGAAUGCCCAGCUUUGCGUGGAUGUGGACGGGCCGACAACCAUUCUCCAGAAUCCACCAGAGAUGGCUUUGGAGUCUGGGAAGGGCAAGGAAGCCAAGAGAUUCACAUUCGAUGCUUCGUUUUGGAGUCAUGAUGGCUUCCAAGUUGGCAGCGAUGGAUACUGUUCUCCAGCUGCUGGCAGCAGGUAUGCUGAUCAAAGGACAGUUUUCGAGACAUUUGGCCGCCGGAUACUGGACAGUGCCUGGGAAGGCUAUCAUUGUUGCCUUUUUGCGUAUGGGCAGACUGGUGCUGGAAAGAGCUAUUCCAUGGUUGGUUAUGGUGCCAACAAGGGCAUCGUACCAAUAUCGUGCGAAGAAAUUUUCAAGAGAAUAUCGGCCAACACGGAUACAAAUCUGACCUACGAGGUCAUGGUGUCCAUGGUGGAGAUCUACAAUGAACAGGUCCAGGAUCUUCUAGUCCCUCCAAAGGAUCGACCAAAGAAAGGUCUUGAAAUUCGUGAGUCGCAGCAGCUAGGGAUCUACAUUGCUGGAGUUUCACGACGACCAGUGGACUCUUAUGCUUCAAUUGAGGCUGUAGUGGAAGAAGGGACAGAAAAUCGAACAGUUGGUGCGACCUUGAUGAACGCAACCUCAAGUCGAGCUCACACUGUUCUGACGAUCGAAUUCAAACAAGUCUCCCAGGCAGCAGGACAGCAGGGCCAGAAGCUAUCGUUGAUCAAUUUAGUUGACUUGGCGGGGAGCGAGAAGGCCGGACAGACUGGCGCAAGUGGAGACAGAUUGAAGGAAGGCUGUGCCAUUAAUAAAUCAUUGUCUGCGCUGGGCAAUGUGAUUGAGAAGCUUGCGGACAAGGCAACUGGCAAAGCCAAGCCAGGUGCAGUAAUUCCAUACCGUGAUUCAAAGCUCACGCGCUUGCUGCAGAACGCUUUAGGUGGUUCAAGCAAGACUGUGAUGAUUUGUGCUAUUUCACCAGCUUCGUCAAACUAUGAAGAAACUUUGUCCACGCUGAGAUAUGCGGAUCGUGCCAAGCGAAUCAAAAACUCUGCGAGUAUUAAUGAAAAUCCUCAGGACAAACUUAUUCGCCAGCUUCGAGAGGAGAACGAAAAGCUCCGCAACAUGGUUGGCGGAGGGUCUCCAGGAGCCAACACAGGUCCUUCCGACGAGGAAAUGAUGCUGAAGCAAUCUGAAAUUGCUGCUCUGGAGCAGGCACUCACUGAGAUGCAAAAAAGCUUCGCUGAUAGACUAGCCGAGGAGAAAAAGGCAAAUACAAAGAAAGAGAAGUCCUCUGACAUCAAGUUCCCACACAUCGCCAACUUGAACGAGGACUUGCUUCUGACAGCGAAACUGAAGUUUGCAUUCAAGGAAGGCAAAACGCGAGUUGGAAGGGGAAGUCAAGAAGACGGAGAUGCGAACGCGCCAGAAGUUGCUUUGCAAGUUCCUGGCAUCCAUCAGGAACAUGCCAUUGUCGAGAACAAUGCAGGGGUCGUUUCCCUCAAAGCAAACGAUGCUGAGGCAGCUGCUACGACAUUUGUCAAUGGCACUGCUUUACAAGCGGGUGUUGCAGUUACGCUCUCACAUGGAGACCGGCUUGCCUUUGGACAGUGUAUUUUCGUUUUCGUUGAACCCAGCAAGGGCAAAGUGGCUGAGCUGAUCAACUCCGGGCAAGUUACGUACGCAGCUGCUCGAAAGGAACUGCAGGGCGACGUGACUGGACCCUCUGAAGAGGAGCUCAAGGCCAGCAAACAAUUGGCCGAAGAGUUGGAGCGAAAGGCUCGAGAGGCAGAAGAAGCUAAGGUGAAAGCAAAGGCUGAGGCGGAGGCCCUCAUGAGACAACGGGAGGAAGAGUUCCGGUUGCAGAUGGACCAAAAGCAGAAACAGUGGGAACAGGAGAUGCAACAGCGUCAAGCUGCCGAAGCAAGCGAACAAGCUGCUGCAGCAGAACAGGCACGUGUGCAUGCCGAGGAGCUCAGCAGAUUGCAGCAGGACUUCGAAGCGCGGCAGAAAAAAGCUGAAGAAGCUGCUCAACACAAGAUUGAGGAGCUAGAAAAGAAAGCGAAAAAGGCUGCAGCUGAAGAAGAAGGACACCGCCAGCAUGAGUUGGCAAUGCAGAAGCUGGAGGAACAGCUUAUGACUGUUAUGCCUCUUGUGAAAGAGGCAAACCUGAUCAUCCAGGAGUUGCAAAGGCCACAUCGCCUGGAAACAAAGAUGCAUUGCGAACUCACAGCUGAGGGAAAGAGUGGGGCGGUGAAUGUUGCGGCCGCGGUCAUGCUCAAUGGUGUUCGACUCUUCGAGUGGAACCCUGAAACUCUCGAAAAUCGAGUUUUCAUACUCCGAGAGCUGCUUCAAAGAGCAGAAGAAGAAGGAUUAGAGGCUGUCCAGGAUUUGCCCAACGAGGAAGAUCCGCUAUGGGACCCAAUCGAGGUGGAGCGACUUGUUGGCGUAGCCCAAGUCCUACUUGAAGGGGUGCUGCUUCAAGUGGAAAACAAAGUUGAUGCGAGGAUCCUGAGCAGCGAAGGCCAAGCAGUUGGAAGCUUGACAGUGGAAAUCGUGCCAAUCGCAAAGGAUGGAUCUUUGGGCAUCCCAGACGAGGAAGUUGUGGAGGAACCUGAGGAGCUACUGGGAUCCUGCAUGAAAUUCUUGGUGAGCGUACCUGGCGCUUCUGGGCUGCCGGAGGAUUUUACUGGACACCAAUCCUGCAUCGGAAACAAGGCUUUGGCAAAUGAUGUGCGGGUGGAGUACAAUUACUUCAUUGACGAAAAGCCGCACAAAUUGCCCACGGUGUUUGGCCACAAUUGCAAUCCUGAUUUCAAGUACAGCCACACGUUUGUUCAGGAUCCUGUGACAUCACGCUUCCUUGAGUACCUUCAGUCCAAACUAGUGUUUCGCGUGUACGGUCGAGAUGCUGCUGCCGCAGAAGCUGCAGAGGAACUGUCUCGUGCCAGCAUCAAGAAACAGGAGGAGGCAGAACAAUUGAAGGCCAAAGCAGAGGCUGAGCGGAGCACAGAGCAAGAGAAGGAGCCAGCACCAGCGCCACCUCCAAAUCUCCCUGGCGAAGUCUCACAAGGAGGUCUCGCAAACGUUGGGCCACAAGCAGCCGCAGAGCCUGAUUCUCCCAAAGCACCAGAAGUGCCGCAAGAGAAGUCUCAAGCUUCGCUCCGCUUGGCUGCUGAAAAGGCAGUGGAUGCUCGCAACCAGCCUGCCCCCCCGAGCAAAUCGAGAGCUUGCAUCAUCUUGUAAAGAUGUUGUGGCCGGGUUUGCGCCUUUGCGACGACGUGAUCUUCAAGUGCGGUUUCACUGUUUCACUGUCAUCGCUUUUUCAUAGAUAAUGCUUUCCAGCAUUUGUGAGCCUGUUGCUCCGGUACAAGACCCGACAAGGCCAAUUGAGUCUCACGCAUCUGUGUUCCAAAGCAAAGCUUUGGUUAGUUUUUUGACGACAAAGCUACCAAUGUAC